UUGCUCCUGCCCCGCGUUUGGUAUAUGGUGGUUACGUAACAGUUUAGGUUACGUAUAACACUGCGCAUGCGUGUCAGGAGAUCCUUGAUUGGCCACAGGCUGCUUUUGUUCUGCAAGCACAUAUAAGCUCCACCUGGAAAGCCCUAGGGUGCGUUGUUGAGGCUGCACAUAUAAGCUCCACCUGGAAAGCCCUAGGGUGUGUUGUUGAGGCUGCGUCCUGGCUGCAUUGGCUCCGUUCGCCGGGUCAACCAGGAGAGGAUGCGGUGUGUCUGUUGCUGUGGCCGCUGCGCCAGGCAGGAGAGAAUAAAAUGUCUGUACCCCUAUGGCUCCUGUCUCUUCCAGCUUCCCCACUCACGCCUCGCCCAGCUGGGGUUCAGCGAAGCGUGUGAAGAGUGAGACAAAAUGAAACCCCUCCUUUGUAGACAGUGCUUGGCCUGCCUCUUCUGUGUACUGUACUGUGCUGACCACGUAGGCGUCUUAAGUGACUCUCUGUCCGAGGGUAUUAUGAGCAGGUCUAGUGGCCUUGAAGAAAGGAUAGUUCUGCAGUCGUCAGCACGUGCUGCUUAGGUGCGGCAGGCGUCUGUCUAAGAAGGAUAUUUUUUAUUAGAUGGAAUCAGUGACAAACAAUACACAGAGCCAGACCGGACGACACAUGAGGAAAGAGCGGGAGGAGACCUUUUGCCUUUUCUGUGGCUGAGAAGAACAACGGGGUCGAGAAACAUCCCAGGAAGAACUGGCCCAAGAUUUUAAGUGGAAUGCUAGUUGAAGAGAGCAAUCACCUCACAGACUUGUACCGAAGAGAUGAGACCAUCCGGGUGACAGGACACGGCCACGUGCAGAGUCCCCGCUUCCCAAACAGCUACCCUCGCAACCUGCUUCUGACCUGGCGGCUCCACUCCCAGGAGAAAACAAGGAUACAGCUAGCCUUUGACAAUCAGUUUGGAUUAGAGGAAGCGGAAAAUGAUAUCUGUAGGUAUGAUUUUGUAGAAGUUGAAGACAUAUCUGAAACCAGUACUGUUAUUAGAGGACGAUGGUGUGGACACAAGGAAGUUCCUCCAAGGAUAACAUCAAGAACAAACCAGAUUAAAAUAACGUUCAAGUCUGAUGACUACUUUGUGGCUAAACCUGGAUUCAAGAUUUAUUAUUCUUUUGUGGAAGAUUUCCAACCUGCAGCAGCCUCAGAGACCAACUGGGAGUCAGUCACAAGCUCUAUCUCAGGGGUAUCCUAUCACUCUCCAUCAGUAACGGACCCCACUCUCACUGCGGAUGCUCUGGACAAAACGAUUGCAGAAUUUGAUACUGUGGAAGAGCUGCUCAAGCACUUCAAUCCAGAAUCAUGGCAAGAAGAUCUUGAGAAUCUGUAUUUGGAUACCCCUCAUCAUCGAGGCAGAUCAUAUCAUGACAGGAAGUCAAAAGUUGACCUGGACAGGCUCAAUGACGAUGUCAAGCGUUACAGUUGCACUCCCAGGAAUUACUCCGUCAACUUGAGAGAAGAGCUGAAGCUUACCAAUGUGGUCUUCUUUCCACGCUGCCUCCUUGUGCAGCGUUGCGGAGGAAACUGUGGCUGUGGAACUGUCAACUGGAAGUCCUGUACGUGCAAUUCAGGGAAAACUGUGAAAAAGUAUCACGAGGUGUUAAAGUUUGAACCUGGCCAUUUCAAGAGGAGGGGCAGAGCGAAGCACAUGGCUCUCGUUGACAUCCAGUUGGAUCACCAUGAGCGGUGCGACUGUAUCUGCAGCUCAAGACCACCUCGAUAAGAGAAUGUGCAUGUACUUUCAUUAAACACGAAAGAACCUUUAUUUUGAGAAGGGUGUGGUAAGAGACCCCUUUCCCACCAGCAACCGAACUUACUAUUAGCCUGCAAAGCAAUGAAUACAAGUGGUUGCUGACUUUCAACCUAGCUUUGUUAGUGCCAUGACAAGUAGAAAGGUGCAUCAUCAACCUCUAUAUCCAAGAAUAUAGGAUUGCAUUUAAUAAUAGUGUCUGAGGAUAUAUAUAUAUAUAUAUAUAUAUAUAUAUAUAUAUCAUCUCCAUGUCUCUGUGUAAAUAGACCAAAUGGUUUACUAAGUAUAUAUAACCAGGUACACCAGUGCUUACAUAUGGUUUAAUUACUUAGACUCUUAAAAUCUGACAAAAUAAGGGACAUAGUAAAUACAUUAAACAUGUCUUUGGAAGAUUUGGAAGAUUAGUUUGUUUAUUUUUAAGUUUUGAAUCACAAAACAAUUUUGGAUCUUGCUCUUUUAAAGAAAGCACCUUUUAUAUUAAAAAUCAAAUAAAUGAGCAUUUCUUGUGCAUACAUCUUAAUUAUAAAAAGAGGGAAAUAUGGUUUCUGGGAAAAGAUACAUUCCUAGCCGUUUUUCUCAUGAGAUGUACUACAUACUUAGCUAUAUAGACAAUAGUUACCUGUCUCCAAAAGCAUGUCGUCAUAAUAUAGGUGCUUUAGAAAUAAAGCCCUUAAGUCUUCUCUUAGUGUAUCUUGCCAAGGCAUGCAAACUCAUUAACACCUGUCUUCAAAAAAUUCUCACAAGGUUUAUUAAUAUUAUCCUAUGAGAGAUAAUGUAUAAGCUGAAGCAGAAUUUUGAAUUGUUUCUUCUCAAAACCUCUCCACAAAAGUAACUCCUUUGGAGAAUGUCAUGGGGACUCUGUAUGAGCCUUUCAAAAUAAUGCUCACUGGAAAGUUUGAGCAGUUGAAAGUAAAAAAAUGUGAGCAUUGAAAUAUUAACAUAACUGGGAGUGGGAUGGAAUAUUUGAUUGGAAUCCAUAUUUAAUAAUGACUCAUACUCUCCGAAUUAUGCCAAUUAAUUUUAUGUAUCUUGCUUUUGUGUUCCUAUCUCCUCCAUAUCUCUUCCUAUCUCUUUCAUAUAUAUAUCUUUUUAUGAGUCAUUAUUAAAUGAGACAAUGUAUAUAUAUAUACAAUGGCAUUUAUAAUGCCAUUUUAAGCCAUCAUGGAUUACUUAUAGCCCAGAAGCUUUUGUGCAUUAAAACAACCCAAUUUCAUUGAUGUAAAUUCCUAAGUGCGUACUCACUGUUCAAUUCAGUUGAAUUCCUGUUUCUGAACUAAGUGAAAGGAGACCUGGGGUCUCUGGUUCUUCCAGAUCUAUGGCACUUGUUCUAAGAAGCCUCACUGCAAAUUGUGAGAGCACACGUUUGGCCCUGCUCUACCCUGGGAAAUGGUUUUUGCGUUGGUAGCUAUUAUUGGUGCUUAGAGUAGUUUUUCCGCCUUGGCUCCUUAAUGCCUGUUAAGGCCUCAGGGACUGCCUGCAAGCUUAGGAAGUGACUCAUCAUUCUCCAAAGCAAGACUCUAAGAGAGCAAUACUAAAAUCAAGAUAGCUCUGGAGCCACUCAGAGAAAAGGACAUUUUUCUUCUCACCUUGAAAUAAAAAAGGAGAGCUAGUUUCUUCCCUGAGUCCAGGGCCCUACUGAACACAGCCAAGUCAAAUGAGGGAUGUGUGACUGGGGCUCAUUAAGUCCCAGUGUCAGAUGAACAGCCUAUAUAUAUUUGGAUUUCUGAGCAUGAUGCUUUCAGGACCAAGUUCUCAAGUAUCUUUAGGAGCUCAUUUCUGUUCAUCUCUUUGAAAGAUGCUUAUUGAAGAUAUUUCAAUGCUUAUUGAAGAUAUUCCUUCAAAACUUCCCUGAAAGUGUCCCGUGUUUUUACCUCAAAGGAUGACUGGUAAAAAGAGAUGCUCUAUUGUUAAGUUGUCCAAAAUCCAGAGCGCAGCCAGAAAGAACACAGCCAGACCCUCUAAUAAUCAGAAACCGCUCUUCCCCUACAAGCCUCUUGAAAGCUUCCUGUGAAAACAUAGGAUUCUUGGACCAAAACCAAAAUUUGAGUUAUAUCACUCUAACUUGUUCAACUGUUAAGUAUGAAAAAUUAGAGUGUUCUACCCAAUUUUCAAUAAACCUUCCAGGCUGCAAUAACCAGGAUGGUUUUCAGUUAAAGCCCUAUCUCAACUUUUUAUUUAUUAGCUGCCAUGUAAGCAUGUAUUCUCACUCACUUUUUUUUUUUUUCUUUCCUGAGUGUUUUAUUAAAACUUCUCCCUUGGUUAUCUGUUAUCUAUUGCACUUCCAACAUGUAGCCAAUAAAUCUGUUUCAUUGCCAUCAAAGGAAUAAAAAGCUCACCGUACAAAUUACAUUUCAAAACAAAUCCUAAUAAAUCCUCAUUUCUGCAUGGCUCAUUCACCUGGAAUAAUGCCUUCUGUUCAAUAUGUUAUAGGGCAGAGCACUUUCAUAAGUAGAAUUUUUUCUGGUUUUUUUUUUUUUUUUUUUGGUCAUAUUAGUAACAUGCAGCUUUUUCCUCUCAUAGGGUUUUCUGUAACAAAUGUAAUUUGCCUCUUAUCUUCAUGAAAAAUAAAUAUUGCUUACAAACAAAGCUA